AUGUCAUCGAGACAUAGAAUUACAUAUUUUUCAGAAUUAUUCGGGAGAUCUUCAAAAGAAUUGGACUCAGAAAGAUUUUAUGAUGCUAUGGAUAUGGAAUCUGAUGACUUACAGGAUUAUCGUAGAUGUAAUACUAUAAACGUAGUAAAAACGCAAUAUAAAACGUUAAAUAGAAAGGAAAGACAAAUAAUAUAUAAAGUGAUAGGAGAAAUGAUAAAAAUUUGUAAAAGGAUCCUAAGAUAUUUAGAUAAAAAUUCAUUAUCGGAUAUUUUAAAUCCUAAAUACGAUGAGUGUAUUCUAUUAAAUUAUUGGGUAUAUAGUAGAUUAUUUGAUAUUUUUCGUUCUAAUGAAGGUCGUGUUAUUAAUAGUCCUUUUGCCGCACUACAACGGAUAUGGCAUGAAUUUAUUGAUACACGACUAAAUCGCCCUCUCUAUAAAACAUGUUUGCCAGACAGUGUUACUUUUAUGCAUAGAGACUGGAAGUAUAGAAAAGAAUUGUACGAUUAUUAUGUCGAUUAUGAUUAUCUUUUACGUAUGGCUAAAAACUAUAUUAACAAAGAAUGCACAUAUCUUAAUAAAAUUAAAGAUAUGCUUUCAUUAUACAAAUCCUUUGAGGAGGUAUGUAAAACGCGAGCAGACAUUUGUCCAAAGGUCUUUUAUAAAUUCAACAAAAAUGAUAUUGAGUCUGCGAUAAAAAGUUUAACAUGUGAUGAUAAAAUUAUAGGUACAAGUAGAACAACUUCAGAGGAAAUUUCUUCGCUUCAAGUUACAGACUCCUUAGAAGUGCAUCCACUACGUGCAGAAGAUAUUGAAGAUGACGAUAUAGGUGAUUUUACAGUCGAAUUUGAUACCCAUUUAGAUAGUGAAAAUUCCGGAAUAGGAACAAAAGUUACCAAUUCAAUUCUUGGAGCAGCACCAGUUUUAUUAACUGGCACUGUGUUAUACAGAGUAUGUAUAUAUUUUGUCAACAUAUAUCAUUAUAGUACAAACUUGUGA